UUUCAUAGCUGCGAAAGAUUGUUUGGCUCUGAAUGGAUGUAAACUUUCUGUUGAGAUAAUCAGCAGCGGGGUCGUCAUGACAACGUUUGGAUUUUAUAAAUCUCUCAUGGAAAUGAUCGAUUUUCCGGUCACCGACGACGGAACCAGAACCGUUUACAUCCAGAACAUCUCACCAAGCGAAGCCCGGGAUCUCAGGGAAACUUUGAGGAAAAUGGGCUCUGUUAAAAACUACCUUCCUCUUCUCAACAAGGUGUUUAUCGAGUUUGAGUCUGCUGCUGAUGCUGAUCAAAUCGGAGUUUGGUACAGCCUCCAGACACGCUGCCCUGCUCAUAACGUCUCCAGGAUAAAAGUUCCCCAGACCAACGUCACAUCAUCGACACCACACCUGGUAGCUACAGCAGCGCCAGAAAGCAAAGAUGUCGUCGCCGGGCCGAUCGUCCCACCGAUAAAUACCAGCAUCCCAGAGGGCAGCUGGGCACCAUUUUCAGUUGCCAUGACAACUGCUCCUUUCCUCUUCCCAACAGUGUCGCCUUGGUUCAUCAUUCCAAAAUUUAGGACGGUUGACGGAGAGGAGGACUUGUUGGCAUCCGUCUCUGUGGCCUCUAAGUUUUCUACCGUUAUGUUGACGGGUUUACCCGAAGGAAGCUACAAACACGAGGAUGUCGCCAAGCUGGUGUGGAAAUAUUUCACCAAGCAGAAUCUUCAGACUUUGUUCUACAACAUUGUGGUGCUGCCACUGCAAAAAAGGGCUUUUGUGUAUUUCAACGACUGGAGAUCAUGCAACAACUUUGUUCAAGAUUUUCUCAAGAAGGGAGUUUCCUUUACAAGCCACCAGCUGCACAUCCACCUGGUCUUAGAGGAAAUGAAUCCUGGAUACAGUGAGGACAUGAUGUACCAAACGCUAAUGAAAUGGAGCAACGCUCAUGUUCCUGAACUCGAUUCUCUGGCUGAGCGGCUGGUGUGUGUGGCGCUCUCUGAAACCUCCCUAAACCUCAUCAUGGCGACUAUAAAAUUAGUAACAAGCAUCUCUCCAGUUGUUAGCUUCCUGCCGCUAGCCAACAGGUUGUGCAUCGAGAUGGCUGAAUCCAGAGGAGUAGAUCAGGUGGUGGAGAGGUUUGCAUGUGCGCCAGAAGACUGGAAUAGUCAAGUUCAAAGUGUUGGAUCUGUGAAGAGCCUAAAGCUGCGUCUCAGAGACUCGGGCGAAACAGAAAUAGAUCUUGAACGCAACACUGAAGACAUCAAUGACAAGACUCCAGCCACAAAAAAUGAACCACAACCUCCUUCGUCUGAUACUCCCGUUAAAACAAAACCUCCCGUCCAAGAAGCCACACAUCUUCCAAACAAUGCUCCGUCUACAGAGCAAUUGCCUGCUAAAGAAUCUGGGACAAAGAUAGAAAUUGGUGCGACAGAAAAUGAAAAUGUGCAGUCCAAAGUUUCAGAAAAACAGUCUGACGUUUGUGGAAAAGUUCAAGAAUCUGCAGUGGUGCCUAGAAACAAAACUGAGACCGAGAAGAAGAAGCAACAAGCAAAAACUGUUGAGGCUAAAGAGGAUAAGAGUGAAAAUGCUGCUAAAUCCAAAGUUGGAAAGACGGAAGAUGAAAAAUCUUCACCUGCUAAACCAACAAAGACUCUGAUAUCAACCCCCAUGGCUAAGACUCAGCCAUCUACACCUUUAAGUAAACCUCAUAAGAGCCCACAAACCAGCUUACAGACCUCUGUGAAGGCGCCAUCACAGCUCCAGAAAUGCAUAAACCCAAAACCAACGUCUUCUGCUGAAAACCCGAAGACCAAAACAAACAUUUCAGGAAACUCAGCUGCUGUGAAGAAUCCCGCAUCUAAAGUUUCAGCAGCCUCAGCUGAAAUUGUCCCAAACACAAAAUACUCGACAGCGGCAACAAAAUCAGAGCUGCUUGCAGCAACGACGUCAACCGAAGCAUUUCCUUUGACCCCUGGAGAGAAGCUGCACCAUUUCCUGACACCAUUUAAACUCUGUCAGCUUGACAUAAACACCAUCUUGUCACCAAUGAUUUUCUCUCUCAGCAUCACCUUAGUUGUCUCCAACCUGCCUAGAUGGUUCGACGGCUCCUACACAGAAACCGAAAUCAUCAACAUUCUUCAGAAGUGUCGAGUUCAGUGUGACGAAAAUGAAAUCUUUAUCGUUCCCCAGUCGCAAAUGGCUUUCCUCAUCAUGCCGAGAGCGGCCGAGGUGCAGCAUUUGUUCAGAGUGACGCCGUGGAGGGAACUUUUCUUCAAAGGACGAAAACUUGGAUUUCAUGUUGUCACCAGCUCUGCACCAAUGACUUUGUUUCGGUUUUAUAGAUAUUUGAUGUCUUUUACCGAUUUCUCGACAUUUCAGAUGAAAUUGGGAACAAAAAACGUGCUUUACUUCCCCAACAUUUCAGCAAGUGAAGCCAGAGACCUGAGGGAAGCGCUGAGGAAAAUCAGCAGCUGUAUAAACUACCUGCCGCUGCUCAACAGGGUUUUUGUUCAUUGUGAAACUCUGGAGGAUGCCGAUCGACUCGAAGCUUGGUACAGCUACUGGAGAUGGAGCCGAUCCCACAACGUUCAGCAGACAGCUCUAAGCGCAUCAGCACAUGCUUUGCAAAUCUGGGAGAAUAUCUCGGUUGAAACCAGCGUCCCACAAACAGCAGGCGCCAUUCCAGAGGGAACCAAUGCGCCUUUUUGGAUGACCAUGACAAAAAGUCCUUAUGUAGUUCACACUGCAUCUCCUUUCUUCAAGGUCCCAGCUUUUCGGACAGUCAACAGAAAUACCUGUGCCAGGAUUUCUGAGCGAGAUUUGAAGUUUGCAGCCAUCAUGUUGACUGGUUUACCAAACAGAAGCUACACACACGAGGAAGUGGCUAUGCUCGUGUGGAGGCAUUUUCCCGAACAGAACCUUCACACGCUGUACAACAAUGUUGUGGUUUUACCACUGCAGAGGAGGGCUUUUGUGAUUUUCAGCAGCAGUUGUGCUUGCAUAGGAUUUCUUAGAGAUCGAAACAAGAAACGAGUUUACUUCAAAGGCUUCAUUCCAAACAUCCAUUUGCUGUUGGAGGAUCUCAGCCUUGGGUCCAGUGAGGAAUCCAUGUUCAGAUCUCUGAUGAAAUGGAGCAAUAUUCAUGUUCCAGACCUGACGUCUUUGGGGGAGCGGCUGCUUGUUGUGGAGGCUUCAGGGACAAACGAGCAUAUUACGAUGAUGGUUAUGAAAGAAGUAGCGAGCAUCGCUACUUUCGCUAGCUUCCUGCCGCUUGCCAACAGGAUUUACAUCGAGAUGGCCGAGUCCAUCGGAGUCAGAAAAGUGGUGGAAAAGUUGUCUGUUCGCAAAUUAUGUCAACAGCAUGAAGCUUGGAAUCUGGUUGGACGUGUUGAAAGUUUGUUGAGCCGAAAAGAGCGACUGAAGGACUGUGAAAAAAUUGCAUUGAACCUUGAACUCGGCACCAUGAGUGUCAAACCUGAGGCCACACCACUGAAGACGAUGGACAAGAGAUCUGCAACAUGCAGUCCUCUGCCAGACAGAAGUCUGACCACAUCUCAUAAAGGAACAGGAUUCCUUCAGGUUUCCAGUGGAAGCGACAGCAGCUUUAAAAGUCCCUCUUCCUCCAAGCCAACCACCAAAGAAAUGAAGAUCUCGCAUUCAUCAUCUGCAACUAGAGAUAUCCCGAAGUCUAAUAAAGACUGCAAGAGCUCUGCCUCAUCAACUGGAUCCACAAAAAGUAGCUUGAUGUCUAGCGCCAUGUCUUUGUCAGUAAAAACACAAAAAGACACACCUGAGUAUAUGAAAUCUCAAACUAAUCAGUACUCUUCUGCAGGCGGCAGUAAAAGUUUUCCUUCCUCUUCGUCAAAGACUUUUAAGUCUUUAGGAUCUGUAAAUGAGAAAGAUCAGCAGAGCAAGAGAGAGGCUCCUCUCAGAGCACCACAAACAUCAUCCGCAUCCUCAAGUCAAAGCACCAGUUCACCUGCAACAUCUGCAGAAACUCCUCAGUUGGAUAAACAUGGAGCUGUACUUACUCCUGCUGCAGUAGCAAAGGCUAACCACAAGGUGUCAGCAGAAGGCGGCACUGCAAAGCAUCAGUUAAGCCCAAAAGUGGCAACAUCAAAUUUGAACCAAGGCUGUUUUAAAGCUGAAACACUCAAAGAGGGAACUGAAAGCAAAGAAAAACAGAAGAAAAUGGACAAUAAUACGAGGAAUCAUGUGAAACAGGGAAAUGACCCUCUUGAUUCAAAACAUAUUGCUACCAAAGGGCCUUUGGUUGCAAUUAAAGAGGAAAAACCUCUGGGAAAAGAUGAGGAUUCAAAAGUAAAAUUGGACCAGAGCAUGAAAACGUCUAGUGGUGAAGAGGGAUAUACUUUACCAAUAAAACAGGAAAGUUCAGAUAAAAAGUAUGAGACAAAAAUAAAGGAAAGCAGUUCAGAAACUGGAGAGAAGACAGUUUGUAAGGACUCUGUUCCUGAUGAAUCUCCCAUACACACAUUUGUUAAGAAAACUGACAGAGGAGCCAAUCAAGAUGAAACAAAUCAAGACAAAUCAGCCACUGUUGUAAGAACAAUCAGUCAAUCAGGGAAAGAUGUUUAUGCUGAACAAAAAGAGAUUAGAAAGGAUGGCCUUGGAGUUUCUGCUCAAGAAGAAAAACCUUUUGUCAAAGACGAAGGUUUGGCAGUAAAACUAGACAAGAAAACCAGAGUGUCUGAAUCUGAAGAUGGACAAAAUUCUGCAAAAGAACAGAGUUUGGAUAAACAACCUGAGACACGAUCAAAGAUCAUCAGUGCAGAGACUGGAAAAAAGAUAAGGGAGAUGAUCUGUGAGGACUCUCUUCAAGAUAAAUCUGGUACAAAAAGAUCUGCCAGACUAGCCAAUCCUGAGCAAACCAAAGAAGACAAUGCAGCCACUAAUAAACCCACCAUUCCCACGAGAUUAACAAUAACUGAGAAAGACUCUUUGGAUGGAAGAAAAGAUAAUACUCCAAGAAAGAGAAACACUACUGCCAGAGUUUCACAACAACAAAAUGAAGAGAAAAGUGAAGAAAGGUCCGUCAAAAACACCCCACCAUCAACCUGUGAGCAGAAAUUGCGAGAUAUCUUGGACAUCGUUGACUUCAACGCUUAUUCCUCUACCUCAGGUCAGCGAACCCAUUCAUCUUUGGCAACUGCUAAGGCAUUGGCAGAAACUAAUCAGUUGGAGAAAAAAGAAGCAAAUCCAACAGAGGAUACAGUGGUAAAAUCUGAAUGCAAAGUGACUACAGAGAGAAAAUCUGCAAAAAUGGAUUCAGGUUUAGUGGUGGAUACAUCUGAAAAGAAGUUGGCCAGCAAAGCUGAAACCCCAAAUUAUACAACAAAUAAAGAUCUUUGGGUAUCAGAUACUGUUGGUAAUGAGGUUCAAACAUGUAGUCAAUCAGCAGCUGUUAACAAGCAAGAACAUCUGGUCAAAGAUGAAGGUUUGGCAGUAAAAUCAAGCCAGAGAACUAAAGCAUCUAAAUCUGAGGAUGGAGUAAAUUCAUCAAAAAAACAGGAGAGUUCACUGAAUCAAACUGAAUCACAAUCAAAAGACAUCAGUGCAGAAAUGCAGACAGAGGAAAUGGUUUAUAAGGACUCUGUUCAACAUAAAUCUGGUUUAAGAAGAUGUUUCAGACGAACUACCAGAUUAGCCAAUCAAGACAAAACAAAUGAAAACAAAGCAGCUAGAGGAGGAAAACUUACAGAGUCAGACUCUUUGGUUGAAAGAAAAGAAGAUAAGACUCCAACAAGGAGGAGAAGAACUCCUGCCAGAGAUCCUCAACAACAAAACGAAGAGAAAACUCUCAAAGUGUCUAGUAAAAACGUCCCGUCGAUAACCUGCAACUCCAGAGAGACUCAAGAGGAGGAAAAAGAAGCUGCAACGCCCAGAAGAAGAGGUCGACCCAAGAAGAAAGUCAGACCGGUUCCAGAGAAAACUCACGAAGUGUCUCCUAAAAACGUCCUGUCGAUGACCUGCAACUCCAGAGAGACUCAAGAGGAGGAAAAAGAAGCUGCAGCGCCCAGAAGAAGAGGUCGACCCAAGAAGAAAGUCAGACCAGUUCCAGAGAAAACUCUCGAAGUGUCUCCUAAAAACGUCACGCCAAAGACCUGCAACUCCAGAGAGACUCAAGAGGAGGAAAAAGAAGCUGCAACGCCCAGAAGAAGAGGUCGACCCAAGAAGAAAGUCAGACCAGUUCCAGAGAAAACUCUCGAAGUGUCUCCUAAAAACAUCCCGUCGAUGACCUGCAACUCCAGAGAGACUCAAGAGGAGGAAAAAGAAGCUGCAACGCCCAGAAGAGGUCGACCCAAGAAGAAAGUCAGACCAGUUCCAGUGAGGACACCAGCCACAGAGGUGAAGUUAAAUCCUGAUGUAAAGACUCUGGAAAGAUUACAACAUAAACGAAAGAUGGAUCUUUCUGGACCUGAGCCAAAGAGGUUCUGCUCUCAGUUUGCUCCGGUUGCCGCCGGUGUCAGAUGCCCUCCUCAUCAACCUCAGAGACCUCUGUGAAGAGUUUCAAGACGCUCACACAUGAAGCUCUGAACGGCCUUUCUUUCUGACUGACGACCUUUUUUGGAGAAUUUUAAUCUGUUUUGAGGUUUAGGACGUAACUAGGGCAGCAGAUACAGUUUAUGCUUUUUAAAAAUCUUUUACACUGGAUGCUGUUUAUUAAGUGUUGCACAAUUGUUUUUUAAAGUCUACUUUUAUAUUAACAUUUUUUCAAGAUCAGCACCUUGUUGCAGAUGGAUCAACGUUAUCUAUACAGAGCUAGUCUUACCUUUUUGGAAAGUAAAAGUUAUAUAUUUUUAAUCAUAUGUUUAAUCAUUAAUGCAAGGAUGUAUGAAUACAUGGUUACUCGGGUAAACCUUUUUUUAUCAGGAUGCUAAAUCUUUAGCAUAUGUGGGAUUUUUACUUAUGUCAAAUGUUUAAAAUGAAAGUCUUU